AUGGGUUCACAGGAGGACAACCUAGAGGAUGACAAAAAGGUGCAUCUUGCUAAAAAACUCCUGGCAGAAGCAUGUGAGAAAGAAGGACUGGAUGAUGGAUACUGGCUCCCCAAACUGUCAGUGAUACUGGGAGUCAAGUCUAGAGAAGCCCUGAAACAUCUGCAAUAUGAAGAUUAUCUUAAGCUGGAGUGCGAAGUACGGUACCCCUGGGAAAUAAAGGCGCUCCAAAAACUCCUGGGACUAAGAGAAAACAAAGCAACUCUCGAGCAGCUGCAGAAGCAGCGCUUGGAGAUGGCAAAGCAGAGACAAGAAGCAGCCAAGCUAGCCCUGAAGGAGCUGAAGGAAACGCAAAACAGCCGCAGCCACAGCAGGGACGCUGUAAAGCAGAAAGAGGAGGCUCUGUGGCAAGCACUGGAGAUUCCCAAAGAGUACUGGGCAUCACCGGGAGAGUCACUGGUGGAUGUGCUGGAGAGCAUCCAGAAGCGUCUGGAGCAGCAGGAGUCGUCAGUGGGCAGGGGUGAGAACGUCUCCGACGUGGAGGUCCUGGGGCGGGCGUCGGGGGGACUGGCCCUGCAGGGCAUUUACAGAACUAGCAGCCUCGCGGAUGUGCUGGCAAAGCGAGACCAGCUCAUCAGGGUUCCUGACGGAUUCAAGCUCACUGGUCCAGAGCAAGGGUCACUGCUUGAGAGGAAGGAGUUCUCCUGCUCUGCAGCGGAAGCCACUUUCACCAAGUCCAUGGAGCAGCUGGGGUUCAGCAUCAGCGUUUCUGCCAAAGCCGGGUUCUGGGGGUUUAACGUUGAAACUGGUGUGGAUUACAGCAGCUCCUCACAGUCGGAGGACACCUACCAGUCCCGCUCUGAGCAGAGCUACCUUUGCACCACCAAGUACCAGUACAUCCCUCUGGCCUCCUGCUACUUCCAAAAGCAUCAGCUUUACCUCUCGGAUGCGGCCCUGCAGGAGCUGAAAGACAUCGAGGAGCUUCUGAGCGUCACUGAGGAAGCAGACAGGCCCAACUUGCUGAAGAGCAGGUGUACGGGCUUCUUCGGCAGGUUUGGGUCCCAUGUAAACCAGGGUCCCCUCCAUUUUGGGGGGAUAUUCUGGUGGAAGGCAUCUACGGAAGGAUUCAGAGCUGAGCAGUGGGAAGAGAUGAAGCGACAAGUAUCCGAAGCGCUGAGCUGCUACAUCGGGGCCAGCUACAGCGGCUUUGGCGUCAGCGUAGCAGCGAACGUGGAGGUUUCGAAGUCCAGCUCACAGGCUUCUUUUCAGAGAAGAGACGAAAAAAAGGUUCAGCUGUACGUGACCAAAACGGGGGGCCCAUCAGAGACGGAUUCUCUUCCUCAGUGGAAAUCGGGGCUUGUAACGAAUAACACCACCUGGUGCGUUAUUGACCGAGGCUUUCAGCUGAUCCCAGUGUGGGAUAUAAUCCUGUCCAAUCACAGCAGUGAUUUUAAGUCCACCUAUCAAAUCAGCAGCGGCCUCAGGGCUGUGUACGAAGCGCUAACAAAUCACAACGUUGGCACCAUGUUUGGAGACGAACUGGUCAGCGCAGUGGAAGAGGCCAGAGCUUUCCUGGAGCACAUGAAGGACUGGGAGGUGACGGUGGAUGAAAAGAAACUGCUCAUGCUGAUAGAUUUCAAGCAGAAGCUGAACGAAAAAACCAAAAACCACAGUGUCUGGAUCAACGUAUGCCUGUCGGACAAAGCACUGCAGGAGUUCCUGGUGAAUACCGUUCUGUUUUACAAGAAGUCACCUCCAGAAAACACCAUCUAUAUCAAGUCUCUGUUGAGGUGCCUCCUGGAUCCUUAUGUCUACUCUGUCAAGGACUUCCCUAGGUCUUCCUUCAUUAUGGAAUGGGUCUUCCAUACUGAGCACAUGCUUCCCGAAACUCCCAAUGUUUCUGAGCUUGAAGAUCUCACCAAGACACUGCUGCAAAUGAAGGAGCACAUCCAGGACGUCACCUAUGCACCAAAAACCUCUGCAUCUGCCGUUCACGAAGCAAAGAUAAAAGCCACCUUGACUGCAAGCCUAGCUGUUUAUUCCUUGCUCCAGUUUCUCCAGGAAAGGGCACAGAAAGACAUAGAACUGCUGGUGCUCUUAAUUACGACCAGCACGGGAUACCAGGUGGAAAGCAGCACUUUUCAGUACCUCCUCGGAUGUCCAGAAAUUAACUACAUGAUAAAUGAAAUGCAAACGGGACAUAAGGAGUAUCUGAGCCUGAAGGAGCAAGAUGUUUACAGAGCCCAGGCCUUCCUGCUGCUGACUGGUCUAACUGUGACACCCAAACGUAAAGAGGUGUCCCCUGAGCAGAAGAGUGAGCGUUUAGUUUUCAUGGAAGAUCAAAUGAAAAACCUAUGGUCCACAGAGGUAGAAACUCUCCUCAAAAAGCACAGUGCAUCGAAAGACUGGGAGAUGCUGGAAACCGACUUGCAAUCCUUCAUCAACGGGCACUUGGAUGACACGUGUGACGAUCUGAGGAAACACACUAUCAUCAAAGACAUGGAAGACACUUUUCAAAGAACAGAGCCUUCCAGUCAGCCCAAAUCCAAACCAGACGGCAGCGAAUCCAAAGCAAAUCAAGCCAUUGCAAACCAAGAGUUCCUCCACUUACUUAAACGCCUUGGACUAGAAAAUCACUAUCCAAGAAAAAUGGGGACAGAAGAUUUCCACAUCAUAUACAAGACAUCUGUACAGGACAGCCAGCCCAGCAAGGACGCUGAACUACCAUUUUACUUCUUGCAAAAGCUACUAACUGUGGAUUACCGGGUGAGGUACCUGACUUGCAAGGACGAGAGCAACCCAGGACUCGCACACGUGCUAAAAACCACAGAGCAAGAGCAUGAACCCUCAGAUUCCUUUGAUGACUUUUUCACCGAUUUGGAGGAAGAAGCUCCUGAAUCUGCAGCCAGGGCCCGUUGUGUGCACCCCAUGGACCUCCAGAUGGCCAUUUUUCAUUGCGCUGAUGACUUCAUGAGACAGUACAUUUCCACAAAGCUUGCUUUCUGCCAAUUUGCGCUACCCCUCCUGGUACCAAACCCAUGCACUUCACGGAUAGAGUUCCCCCUCUGGUCCCUCAGCCAAAUAAAAAAGAGCUGGAAAGGGGCUGAGAAGCUCGGGGGGCAGACCAGAAUUACCAGUUACAAAAACAAACUCAUUUAUCAGGCAGAGACACCCAUCGUGUCCUUCAUACGGAUUGGCAGCUCUCCCUCCUCUUCCAAGUCUCAGAUCAUGAAUGCUCUGCUGAGCAAACAAAAGCAUGACACUUUUUUCCACCGACAUUGCAAAGGCAGCAGCAAAGACUGCUUGCUGAUGAAAGGUGUUGUGGAGAUCUCCUGGUACUGUCCCCGGGGCAGCGACGAUGACAGCUUCGACCGCUGCAUUGCUUUCUGUAACCUGCACGGAGAUGCGAAGCACCACGAAGAACAGCUGCAGUUUUUACAGGAGAUAUCUGCUGUGAACGUGGUUCUCGUGUCUGAGUCUGAUCAGAGCGACAAGAAAGGGAUGAAAAUUUUACGUGACCUGUGGCAGUCGCAAAGGCCUUUGGUUUGUCUUUUCACUGAAAAAGAGAAUGUUGCAGCUGGCCGGUCUAGCCAAAACAUAAAAAUAGGUAUCAAGAACAGAAACGAAGCAGAAUUGAUGGGCAAGCUGACAAAAACAAUCAGGGAUCUCCUGGAAGGGUCUAACACACUUUUCAGCCUUGACGCCUGCCUGGACAAAGCUCGCAAGCACGGCUUCUUAGUCGAUGAAGAUACGGAUGUGUGUGUGAUGGCCAAGGAAAAGGCAAAAGCACUGGUGAAGCUUCUGAAGAAAGAGAAGUUGUCUGAGAUCAAAUCCCAGCUGCUGCCACUUCAAGGCAAACUGUGGUACAUGUGGUGCAAAAAGGACAAAGAACUCACGCGCUUGCAGGAGAAGAGGAACAAGAGCAUAGAGCAUCAUCGGAGCCAAAUUGAGUCAGAGAAGUCAGCAAUAAGAAGGAAGCAACUACAGCAAGCGUUCCCCCUCAAUCAGCUGAUGAAAUCAGUCCUUGGCUUUCUCCGGUCACAGCCAGCAGAUACCAAGAAGUACUUCCUGCAGUGGAUGAAGAUCUUCAUGGAUGACCUGUCCUCUGACCGCCUUGAUGAACUGAAGAAACAAUACCACCAGCUAUGGUCUCAAAUCCUGGCCAUAAAGAAAAGCAAUGAAAAAAACAAUCUGAAACCCAAUCUGCUGAAAAAUUUAGAUGCCCUCUCCAACGAAAUCAAUGAUUCGUCCAUUGGCCUUGAGCACAUUUUGAGAGAGGUAGGGCAGAUUUAUGAGGCGCUGGAAUCAAUGAACUCCAGGGAUGACUGUUUUGUCAAACUACCUGAAAUUGCAGCUGAUCUGAUGGUUUCAGGGUAUCCUGUCGAGCUGAUGGAUGGCGAUGCUUCUUACGUACCGUUGCAAUGGGUCGGCGCAAUCUUUGACAAAUUAAUUGAGAAGCUAGGGGACAAGCGGGUAUUUGUGCUGUCAGUGCUUGGCAUCCAGAGCACAGGGAAGUCAACCCUCUUGAACGCCAUGUUUGGCCUUCAGUUUAAUGUCAGUGCAGGGAGAUGCACCCGGGGAGCGUUUAUGCAGCUAAUUAAAGUGGAUGAGAAGCUGCAACAAGAUCUGGACUUUGACUACAUGCUAGUUGUUGACACAGAGGGACUUCGUGCCAUAGAGAUGGCCAACAAACAGUCCCUUAAUCAUGACAACGAGCUGGCCACCUUUGUCAUUGGCAUCGGCAACAUGACUCUGAUCAAUAUCUUUGGAGAAAACCCUUCAGAAAUGCAAGAUGUCCUUCAGAUUUCUGUGCAGGCUUUUCUGAGGAUGAAGCAAGUCAAUCUUUCCCCAAGCUGCCUCUUUGUGCACCAAAAUGUGGGAGAAAUAACUGCCAAGGAACAGAACAUGGAAGGACAAAGACGUCUGCAGGAAAAGCUGGAUGAAAUGACCGUGACAGCUGCCCAGCAGGAAUUCUGUGACGUCUCCUGCUUCAGUGACGUCAGCCGCUUUGAUGUGAACACCCACAUUCACUAUUUUGCUCACCUGUGGGAAGGAAACCCCCCAAUGGCACCACCCAACCCCACCUACAGCCAGAAUGUCCAGGAAUUAAAGAGCAAAAUUCUCCAGGCUGCCAAGAAGGAGUCGCAGGGCAGAAUUUUGAGACUCUCGAGCUUGAAAGUUCGUAUUUGUGACCUCUGGAAUGCUUUGCUGAAUGAAAACUUCAUUUUCAGCUUCAAGAAUUCAGUGGAGGUUGCUGCCUUCAAGAAACUGGAAACCGCAUUUGGUCAGUGGACCUGGCAGCUGAGGAGUCACAUCUUAGACUUGCAAAUGAAACUGGACAAUAAAAUCCGGAACGGGGACUUGCAGGGUGUCACCACAGGAUACCUUGAAAAACUGGUGCAAGGGACGAGUGAUGCCAUCACGAAAGACAUGGAAAAGUAUUUCAGUGAAGACAGAGACUGUGAGAUCCUGAUCCAGUGGAAAGGCAACACAGAACUGAAGCUGAAAGAACUAAAAGAGUCUCUUCUCUUUGAAACUAGAAAGAAGUGUGAGAAUCUCAUCGAACUACAGAAGAGCCAGCGUAAACUGGAUGAAAGGAAGUCAGACUAUGAGAACAAGCUCCUGGCACGCAGCAGGCAGUUGGCUCUGUCUCUAAAAGGCUGCAGUCUAAGUGACAGAGAACUGCGAGACCGAUUUAUUGAGCUCUGGACAGGCUGGAUCACUGAAGUCUCCUCUGCUGCUCCCCCGCCGGAACAGGCUGAUAUCGAUGUGGAAAUAGAGGAUGUCCUUCUAGAGCACUUUAGGGAGCCUAAGUUACACACACGAAUCAGUACGUUUCCCAGACACAGAAGAUUUUCUGUUGACUUGAAGAAACAUGUCUCUAAGAAAUCCCGUUUGGGCUUCCUUUUCGAUUUUGAUGAUGAUGAUGUGAGGACCAUGCACCGCAUUACAGACAGCAUCAUAGAGUGCGUGACGGCAAACAUCGAUAAGAAGGAAAAGGAGAAAAGGGAUUACAGUCGCAGUUUUAUUCAUGAAAUACUAAACGAAGUAGAGAAAGGUGCGAACUCCGUCCCUAGCACUGCAAAAUAUAAUUUUAAUAAAGAUUACAGAAUAGAUUUAUCACUGUAUCUGUGCGGAAUGGCAGCAGAAAGGUUUAAAGCCAUGCAAGAAGCAUUCAGAAAAGCAAAUGAUCCAGCCAUCUACCUGGAGAGCAAGCGAGAAGAUUUCUUCAAAUGUUUCCAGAUUUCCUGCCAAGGAGCCACUUCUAUUACAACAUUUGCUGUUUUCCUGUGUGACAAGAUUGCCCCAGCUCUCCGCCACGCAGUCUAUGAGAAGACAGCUCUUGACAUCGCUGGAGACAUGAAGGGUAAAGCCACAGAUUUCCGUGGCGCUAGAUCCUCUCUGGAGGUUUGCAUACUGAGAUACAUGGCGCAAGAAGAAAAGUUCGCGAAUUUCAAGGAAUACCUUAAAAACCCACGAGGCUUUUUUGAGAAUUACAUUAAGACACGUGUGGAUGAGUACUGUUUAGACAAGAACAGGCGGCUGGAGAUGUUUCUAGAUUGCUCCCUUACUCACCUCUACGAAUGCAUCCAGAGAGCCGUUUCUCUGUCAACCCAAACUGUCAAAGACAGGAAAGACAGGAACGACAAAAUCUCUCUUUGGCUGGAUGAAUUUUGCAGCACGCUUGGAGAGGUGAUAAACUUGCCCAGAAGGGACCUGAAGGGCAUUGAGCAUCAGGAGAUAACCGACAUAGAGUUCCUGAACAACGCCAUGACAGAAGCGCUGGCUCCCCUGAAGGAUCAGCUCAAGGAAGAGCUUGCGAGUGCUGAUAUGAGCUCGUUUGAAAGGCAGCCCUACCUGAUCCUCGCGGAACAGUUUGCCGGGUGUUGGGAGCAGUGUCCCUUUUGUGGGGCUAUUUGCACAAGCACCAUGCCGAAUCACGACGGAGAUCACCAGCUCGUCUUCCAUCGUCCGGAAUGUUUCACGGGAAGGAGGUGGCAUAAAACAGACAAUCUGGUCAUUGAUAUUUGUUCUAGCAGUGUUGCAAGUGACUGUUUAUUCCGGAUUGGGGCAGACACAUGGAUCUACUACAGGCAAUACCGGUCUGCAGGACCACCUUAUUCCAAGUGGAACAUUCGUCCUGAUCCAUCCAUGCAAGCGUACUGGAAAUGGUUCGUGUCUCAUUUCAGGACAGAUCUGGAAAGAUUGUACAACGGGAAAUUUCAUGGCAAAGGAGAAAUCCCUGCUGAGUGGCAGAAAAUAACAAAGCAGGAAGCACUGGACCAACUGGAGAAGUUUUAG